AUGUGGCUCCUGCUCUUCUACUUAGUACCAGCUGUACAAGCACAGAACCGGAUAGCUUUGAAGGGAUUGGAUGACCCAUGCCAGGGUCGUUUGGAGGUGCACAAUGCUGGCGAGUGGGGCUUGGUGUGCUCUAAUGGUUGGAACAGUGAAAAUGGUCAAGAUGAAAAGAAUGGUGAGGUAGUGUGCAGAUCUCUGGGCUGUGGAAAGCAUGCCAAAUCUGGCCAUAACAAGGGCAGGUACAAGCACCCUUCACAAACCAAACCAAAAUUUUGGAUGGAUGAGGUAAAAUGCAGCGGAACAGAGAAAAACCUGUGGGACUGCAAGAAACCCAGCGUCACCCAUUGCGAAGCGGACAACUAUGUAGUGGUGGAAUGUUCAGCACAGAACCGGAUAGCUUUGCGGGGACCAGAUGGCCCAUGCCAGGGCCGUUUGGAGGUGCACAAUGCUGGCGGGUGGGGCUUGGUGUGCUAUCAUGGUUGGAACAGUGAAAAUGGUCAAGAUCGUAAAAAUGGUGAGGUAGUGUGCAGAUCUCUGGGCUGUGGCCAACAUGUCGAAUCUGGCCAUAACAAAGACAGCUACAGUCACCCUCCACUACCCACAAAAUUUUGGAUGGAUGAGGUAAAAUGCAGCGGAACAGAGAACAACCUGUGGGACUGCAAGAAACCCAGGGUCACCCACUGCGAAACAGACAACUACGUAACAGUGAAGUGCUCAGGGUCUAUAGAGCUGAGUUUGAACAGGAAUGGAAAAAUGGACGAGUGCGCUGGGGUCGUCCAGUUCAACACAACAAAUGGCUACGUUAGCGUGUGCGAUGAUGAAUGGAAUAAAGCCAAAGCAGAUAUGGUGUGCAAAGAGCUUAAGUGUGGAACACAUCACAAGAUCCCCCAGUCCGGAACCUUCCAAAGAGUAGGAGAACAAAUCUCAUUGACUGUACCUCUCCGCUGCACCGGCAACGAAGAUUUCUCCUGGCAGUGUGUAGACUGGGUCCAAGCAAAAUCAAGCAAGUGCAGCCAAGAGGCCAGCGUCAUCUGCUCAAGUAAGAUCACAGGGUGA